AUGGAGACCCCGGAGACCUUCCGCCAGUAUGAUCUCAAGUUUGACAUCGCAACAGAUACGCUCAGCUGCUCCGACCCGAGCGUCGCAGAAGACCUCGAGGAUCUCAAUCGUGUUCACCGUGGAUUUCUUGCACUAGAAAACCAGGCAGGAGUUCCUCCACCUCCGGCACCUGUCAACCCCAAGAGAACCGUGCAAAUCACGCGUCUCAAGGAAGCUGGAAACGCGGAGUUCAAGAAGGGAAAGAUUGCGGAGUCUCUGAAAAUCUACGAUCUUGCCAUUCGCAUGGCUGGUGACCGACCUCCGUGGGAGCCAGCUGGCCUCGUGCGGGAGGAAUUAUACACUUUACUCAACAACCGCGCAGCAGCGUUGAUGGCACAACAGGAGUGGCCUGCGGCGGCAGGAGAUGCAGAGGCUUCGGUGGAGCUCAAACGGUUAGGAAACAUCAAAGGCUGGUGGAGGCGAGGGCAGUGUCUCCGUGAGAUGGGUCGCUUGGAGGAGGCCGAGGAGUGGGUACGAUCGGGGCUGGAAUUUGAACGUGCAGGUCCUGAUCGGGCUGCAAUUGGGGAACUGGAGACUCUGGCGAGGGACAUAGCCAAGGCAUUGGGCAAGUCAUAA